AUGGAAAAUAUAAUAUAUAGAAAAAAUAUUAUUACAUUCCUUAUUUUAAUAAUUUUAUUAAAAAAUAGUUUUACUUUUAAUUUGCAUAGAGAACAUUCUAUGGGUUAUGUUAUUGUAUUUAAAUAUAAUAAAUUAAGAAACAAUGUUAGCAUAACUCACUCUAAUUUUCUUAGAUGUAAAAGAAAUAAUAAAUUAAAUGUUAUGGAAAGAAGUGUAGAUAAAGUAACGGGACAUUUUAUGAAAGAUAAAGAAUUAUUUUUAGAAGUUGAUAAGAAACAAAAAAUGAUUGAAGAAAUAGAAAAAAUGAAAGUUUUUGAUUAUGAUAAUGUUAAAAAAUAUUUAGAUGUUCUUAGUGAAAAUGAUGUAUAUGAAGAAAUUAUAAAUCAUAAAAUUCAUUUGUAUAAAAAAUAUAAUGAAAAAGAAAAGCAAAACCAUAUAAUAAAAAUGCAAAAUUUUUUAAAUCCUUAUAUAGUUAAUUUACGUAAAAAGAAAGCAAAAGAAAAAGUUGAAUAUCUUAUAUCUCGUUUAAUAACAGGUGAUAACGUAGAUCAAAUAAUUAUGGAAAUGUUUAAGAAAAAAUUAAUUGAUGUUUAUGUUUUAACGUUCAUUGAUGACAAAAUAAUAGAAGCUCAUUCAAAACUUGUAAAGAAUGAUAAAUUAAAUAGCGGAGAAGAAAUGAGCAUAUCAGAAAAAAUAUUAAGAACCUUAAAAGAUAGAAUUAUUGCCCAAGAAAAGCUAAAUAAAAAAGGUACUUUUAAUUUUACACGAAUACUAUUUUUAUCAACCACAUUAGACAUGAACGAAAAUAGGGAACCACUAAUUAAAUCAAUCAUUAAAAGUAUUGACGAAUUAGAAGAAUUUGAAUUAUAUUUAUUGGAUGCAUUAGAAUAUGCAGAAGAUAAUGAAAAAAUGAAAAAAUAUAUACCCCAUAUGGAGUUACUAUUAAAUACAUGUAAAAAAAUGAAUCCUAUUCACAAUCAGUUUUUAAACAAGCAAAGUGAAAAUAUUAAAUUCUUUCCCGAUAAUGUUGAUACUUCACAUUUAAAAGAUCUUUAA